AUGGCUACGACUAACGGUCAUGGGCCAGCCAACGGCAGCCGCACGGUGCCCGUCUCCAACGGCAAGGCCUCAUAUGCCGAGAAGCACAGAAUCGCCGACCACUUCAUCGGAGGCAACAAGCUCGAGAAUGCACCGUCGUCCAAGAUUAAAGAGUUCGUGGCAGCUCACGAUGGCCACACCGUCAUCACAAACAUCCUAAUUGCCAACAAUGGUAUUGCCGCCGUCAAAGAGAUUCGAUCAGUACGGAAGUGGGCGUACGAGACGUUUGGCGACGAGAAGGCCAUCCAGUUCACUGCCAUGGCCACACCUGAAGAUCUGGCAGCCAAUGCCGAUUACAUCAGAAUGGCAGACCACUACGUCGAGGUGCCUGGUGGCACAAACAACAAUAACUAUGCCAACGUUGAGCUGAUCGUCGACAUUGCGGAGCGUAUGAAUGUCCACGCCGUAUGGGCAGGCUGGGGUCACGCUUCCGAAAACCCCAAGCUUCCCGAGUCUCUGGCAGCCUCGCCCAAGAAGAUUGUCUUCAUCGGACCCCCCGGCUCUGCCAUGCGUUCCCUCGGUGACAAGAUCUCCUCCACCAUUGUCGCCCAGCACGCCCAAGUGCCUUGUAUUCCGUGGUCUGGAACCGGCGUAGACCAAGUCGAGGUCGACAACGAGGGCAUUGUUACGGUUGCUGAGGAUGUCUAUCUGAAGGGUUGUGUUAACUCGUGGCAAGAGGGUCUGGAGAAGGCCAAGGACAUCGGCUUCCCCGUCAUGAUCAAGGCAUCUGAAGGAGGUGGGGGCAAGGGUAUUCGAAAGGCCACGAGCGAGGAGGGUUUCGAGCAGCUGUACAAGGCGGCGGCAAGUGAGAUUCCCGGCUCUCCCAUCUUCAUCAUGAAGCUGGCUGGAAAUGCCAGACAUUUGGAAGUGCAGCUUCUUGCUGAUCAGUACGGCAAUAACAUCUCUCUCUUCGGCAGAGAUUGUUCUGUCCAGCGUCGACACCAGAAGAUCAUUGAGGAGGCCCCCGUAACCAUUGCCAAGCAGCCCACUUUCAAGGCCAUGGAAGACGCUGCCGUCCGACUUGGUCGGCUCGUCGGUUACGUCUCUGCUGGUACCGUCGAGUAUCUAUACUCACACGCUGACGAUCAGUUCUACUUCCUGGAACUCAACCCUCGUCUGCAGGUGGAGCAUCCGACGUCAGAAAUGGUCAGUGGUGUAAACUUGCCUGUGGCCCAGCUUCAGGUUGCCAUGGGCAUCCCGUUGCACCGAAUCCGUGACAUCCGACUGCUGUACGGCGUCGACCCUAAGACCGCCACUGAGAUCGACUUUGAGUUCAAGUCACCUCAAAGCGAGAAGACUCAGCGUCAUCCCACGCCAAAGGGUCACUGCACCGCGUGCCGUAUCACAUCGGAAGACCCGGGUGAGGGCUUCAAGCCUUCCAAUGGUGUGCUGAAAGACCUCAACUUCCGAAGUAGCGCCAAUGUUUGGGGCUACUUCUCGGUCAGUACCGCUUCGAGCAUCCACAGCUUCUCUGAUAGUCAAUUCGGUCACAUCUUCGCGUACGGAGAAAACCGAGCGGCGUCGCGCAAGCACAUGGUUGUCGCCCUGAAGGAGCUGAGCAUUCGUGGCGACUUCAGAACCACCGUUGAGUACCUGAUCAAGUUGCUUGAGACGGAGGCUUUUGAGGACAACACCAUCACCACCGGCUGGCUUGAUGAGCUCAUCGCUACGAAGCUAACUGCCGAACGCCCCGACCCCAUGCUGGCAGUCGUCUGCGGUGCUGUCACCAAGGCUCACAUCGCGAGCGAAGAGUGUAUUGCCGAGUACCGUGCUGGUCUCCUGAGAGGCCAAGUCCCGUCGAAAGAUAUCUUGAAGACGGUUUUUGGCAUCGACUUCAUCUACGAGGGUACUCGCUACAAGUUCACCGCCACUCGUGCCAGUCUGGAUAGCUAUCACGUCUUCAUCAACGGUUCCCGAUGCUCGGUCGGCGUCCGUGCCUUAUCUGACGGAGGUCUGCUCAUCCUUCUCGACGGACAAAGCCACAAUGUCUAUUGGAAGGAGGAGGUUGGCGCAACCCGCUUGUCCGUCAAUAGCAAGACUUGCCUGCUGGAGCAGGAGAACGACCCAACCCAGCUUCGAACGCCGUCCCCCGGCAAGCUAGUCAAAUAUACCGUGGAGAACGGCGAGCACGUCCGCGCUGGUCAGACCUUCGCCGAAGUCGAAGUGAUGAAGAUGUUCAUGCCUUUGAUAGCGCAAGAGGACGGCAUCGUUCAGCUGAUCAAGCAGCCGGGUGUCACUAUUGAGGCUGGCGACAUUCUGGGCAUACUCGCACUGGACGACCCGUCGCGCGUGAAGCAGGCAGUGCCCUUCCUCGGCCAGCUCCCGGCAUUUGGUCCUCCCCAGGUUAUCGGUAACAAGCCUGCUCAGCGCUUCCACAUGUUGUAUGCGACAUUAAAGAACAUUCUCAACGGGUUCGACAAUUCGGCCAUCAUGAAGGAGACCCUCGAGGAGACUAUCAAGGUUCUCCGUGAUCCCGAGCUCCCCUUCAGCGAGUGGAACUCUCAGCACUCUGCACUCCACUCGCGCAUGCCCCAGAAGCUUGAUACGCUCUUUACGCAGGUCGUUGACAAGGCCAAAGCCCGUGGCACCGAGUUUCCCGCGAAGUCGCUGGCGAAGACACUGACCAAGUUCGUCGACGAAAACGUGUCUCCGUCGGAUGCGGACAUUUUGCGAGCCACCCUUGCACCCCUCACCGAGGUCAUCGAGGCUUACAGUGAAGGCCAGAAGGCACGUGAACUUAAGGCUAUCACGGCCCUGCUCACCAUGUACGUCGAAGUCGAGAAGCGUUUCUCAGGCCACCGCUCGCAAGACGAGGAAGUUAUUCUGAAACUUCGUGACGAGAACAAGGAUGACUACUUCAAGGUCGUUCAAGUCACUCUGUCGCACUCGCGUGUGGGGUCCAAGAACAACUUGGUCAUUGCCAUCCUCGAUCGAUACCGACCGAAUCAACCGGGCAUUGGCAAUAUCAACAAGCACCUAAGACCUGCGCUGCGCUUUCUAACGGAGCUCGAAUCGCGCCAGACUGCUAAGGUUGCUCUGAAAGCGCGCGAGAUCCUGAUCCAGUGUGCUCUCCCAUCAUUAGAGGAGCGUAUCGAUCAGAUGGGUCACAUCCUCCGCGCUUCCGUUAUGGAAGCUAAGUACGGCGAAUCAGGCUGGGAGCACCGCGAGCCUAGUCUGGAUGUUCUGAAGGAGGUUGUUGACUCCAAGUAUACCGUCUUUGAUGUCCUGUCCCUAUUCUUUGGACAUGAGAACCCUUACAUUUCGAUUGCGGCACUUGAGGUGUACGUCCGUCGCGCGUACCGUGCGUACAACCUUAAGCAGGUUCAUUACCACAACGACGAGACCGAUUCGCCCUGUUUUGUGUCGUGGGACUUUUCAUUCCGAAAGAUUGGCCAGUCCGAAUUUGGCAUCCCGGCCAACUCGACGUAUCCUUCGGCGCCAGGCACUCCCACACAAGAGUUUGGCUUCAAGCGCAUCAGUUCCUUCAGCGACAUGUCGUACUUGACUCUUCAGACCGAGGAGGAGCCUACUCGCAAGGGCGUCAUUGUUCCGUGCCGUUAUCUUGACGACGUCGAAGAGUUGCUGCACAAGGCUUUGGAAAUCCUUCCCCGGAGGAAGGCGGUGGCAAGCUUAAUUCCGGACUUGACCGGCAAGCGCAAGUUUGUCGCACGAUCUGAUACCACGGACGAGCUCCCCAAUGUUCUCAACGUUGCUGUCUCUGAUGCCGAGUCUGACGAUGACAAGGAUAUUCUUGCCCGCAUCAAGACCCUGAUUAACUCGAACCGAGAGGAGCUCGUGGCCCGCCGCGUGCGCCGCCUCACCUUCAUCUGUGGACGCAAGAAUGGUUCAUACCCGGGUUAUUACACGUUCCGAGGCCCUGAGUACACCGAGGACGACAGCAUUCGCCACAGCGAGCCAGCUUUGGCUUUCCAACUUGAGCUGGGCCGUCUGUCUAAGUUCAAGACAUCUCCUGUGUUCACCGAGAACAAGAAUAUCCACGUGUACGAGGCUGUAGGCAAGGGAGUCGAGACGGACAAGAGGUAUUUUACGCGUGCUGUAAUCCGCCCCGGCCGCCUUCGCGAUGAGAUCCCUACUGCGGAAUAUCUCAUUUCGGAAGCCGACCGCGUCGUUAGUGACAUCUUCGAUGCCCUGGAGAUUAUUGGGAACAACAACUCGGACCUGAACCACCUCUUCCUCAACUUUACCCCGGUAUUCCAGCUCCGACCUGAGGAGGUUGAGCAUUCCCUGCAGGGCUUCUUGGACCGUUUCGGUCCCCGUGCCUGGCGUUUGCGUGUCGCUCAGGUGGAGAUUCGCAUCAUCUGCACCGACGCCAACACCGGCAUGCCCAUGCCUCUGCGUGUCCUUAUCACCAACACGUCAGGUUAUGUCGUCCAGGUGGAGAUGUACGCUGAGCGUAAGUCUGAGAAGGGUGAGAUGGUAUUCCACUCGAUCGGUGGCACCACCAAGAUCGGCGCCAUGCACCUGUUGCCCGUCACGAGCGCCUACCCGGCCAAGAACGCACUCCAGCCGAAGCGAUACAAAGCUCACUUGAUGGGUACGCAGUACGUCUACGACUUCCCAGAGUUGUUCCGUCAGGCAAUCCAGAAUAGCUGGGCCAAGGCUGUCAAGGCUCAACCCAACUUGGCCGAGAAGCAGCCGGCGCAGGGCGAGUGUAUUGACUACAGCGAACUUAUCCUCGACGAUGCCGACAAGUUGACAGAGGUUGCCCGCGAACCUGGUACCAACAGCUGUGGCAUGGUCGGUUGGAUGAUCAAGGCCCGCACUCCCGAGUAUCCGAAUGGCCGUAAAUUCAUCAUUGUUGCCAACGACAUCACUUACAAGAUUGGCUCCUUUGGUCCCAAGGAGGACCACUUCUUCAAUAAGUGUACGGAAAAGGCUCGCGCUCUCGGCAUUCCUCGUAUCUAUCUAUCGGCCAACUCGGGUGCCCGCCUGGGUAUAGCUGAUGAGCUAAUCCCUCACUACAAGGUGGCCUGGAACGACCCCUCGAGGCAGGAGGCCGGCUUCAAGUACCUCUACCUCGAUGCCGAAGGUAAGAAGAGGUUCGAGGAUGGUGCCAGUCGUGACGUCAUCACUGAGGAGAUCGUCGAGGACGGCGAGACUCGAUACAAGCUAACGGCCAUCAUUGGCGCCGAGGAUGGUCUUGGUGUCGAGUGUCUGAGAGGCUCUGGUCUCAUCGCUGGUGCCACAAGUCGAGCGUACAAUGAUAUUUUCACCAUCACUUUAAUAACCUGCCGAUCCAUUGGUAUCGGUGCCUACCUUGUCCGCCUGGGACAACGUGCCGUCCAGAUUGAAGGUCAACCUAUCAUUCUCACCGGCGCUGGCGCUCUCAAUAACCUGUUAGGUCGUGAGGUGUACACUUCCAACUUGCAGCUUGGUGGCACCCAGAUCAUGUACCGUAAUGGCGUUUCGCACAUGACUGCCAAUGACGACUUCGCUGGCGUGUCCAAGAUUGUCGACUGGCUGUCCUUCGUGCCCGCGUCGCGCAGCAUGCCGGUGCCCAUCACCCCGAGUGUCGACAGCUGGGAUCGUGACAACAUCUACACCCCCCCUGGCAAGGCUCCUUAUGAUGUCAGAUGGCUCAUCGGCGGCAAGCAAGACGAGGAGGGCUUUCAACCCGGCCUUUUCGACAAGGACUCAUUCGUUGAGACGCUCGGCGGUUGGGCUCGUACCGUUGUUGUCGGCCGCGCUCGCCUGGGCGGCAUUCCUAUGGGUGUCAUUGCUGUAGAGACGCGCACCGUAGAGAAUGUCACGCCGGCCGACCCUGCCAAUCCAGACUCGGUCGAGCAGGUCUCAAACGAAGCUGGAGGCGUUUGGUACCCCAACUCGGCCUUUAAAACUGCUCAAGCUAUCAAUGACUUCAAUUAUGGUGAACAUCUUCCUCUCAUGAUCCUGGCCAACUGGAGAGGUUUCUCGGGUGGUCAACGCGACAUGUACAACGAGGUGUUGAAGUAUGGUUCCUACAUCGUCGACGCCCUGGUAAAAUUCGACCAGCCCAUUUUUGUCUACAUCCCGCCCUUCGGUGAGCUGCGUGGCGGUUCUUGGGUCGUCGUUGACCCUACCAUCAACCCGGCCUGCAUGGAGAUGUACGCCGAUGUCGAGGCGCGCGCUGGUGUCCUUGAACCCGAGGGCAUUAUUGGCAUCAAGUACCGCAAGGAGAAGCAGCUUGAGACCAUGGCUCGUAUGGACUCUACCUACGCUGCGCUCAAGAAGCAAGCUGCCGACACCAACCUGUCCAAGGACCAGCUUGAUGACAUCAAGGCCCAAAUGACGGCCCGCGAGAAGCAGCUGCUCCCAAUUUAUGCCCAGAUCAGCAUCCAAUUCGCCGAUCUCCAUGACCGUGCGGGACGUAUGAAGGCGAAAGGAACCAUUCGACAGGAGAUUGAAUGGAAGAACGCCCGUAGAUUCUUCUACUGGCGUGUGCGUAGACGUUUGAAUGAAGACUACAUUCUGAAGCGCAUGGCCGCUGCCACGAUGACGUCGUCGACAUUUUCGACGGAUGCCAAAUUGGAGGAACAGCGCUCUCACAACAAGCAACUUCUGUCCGCCUGGACUGGUAUUGCACAGUGGGAGACUGCCGACAAGGAGGUGGCUACUUGGUAUGAGGAAAAGGCUGAGCUCGUCACGGGUAAGGUCAAGGCGCUCAAGAGGGCUGCCGUUGCUGAUCAAACACGCGGUCUCAUUGGCAGCGAUGAGGAUGAUUGGGCCAAGUCGGUCAAGGAGGCAUUAUCAACUAUGCCCCUAGCUCAAAAGGAGGCGCUUCUUAAGAAACUUCGUUAG